AUGACCGACAGACCACUCACCACAGCACAGGCUCGGGCAAGCCAGGGGCCGCAGGACACACCACAGGCCCUCCCCGGUCCGCCAGGACGCCCAGUCCGGUCCACCCAACUCCCCAGAGGCAAUACCUCCAGCACCCCCAACACCGGAGCCCCACCGGAGGCAGUGUCCACAGCGUCACCCCCAAACCUCCAAACACCACGGACCAGCCACACGCCCCAAGGCAGACCCGACCACCACCAGAACAAGCGGGGCACGGCCACACCCACGAAGCAUGCAAGCCAGAAGCGCCAAGGAGGGACAGAGAAGCAAGCACCGUACGACAAGACCCACAAGAGAAGCGCACGCCCCCGCCGCCCCCGCCACGCCACAGACCAGCCAAGGGAGACACCCUGGAGCAGAGUAAGCAUCCCCUCGCCAAUCCCGGCCAGCGCCACGCAGAGGAGCACCACGCAGAAGAACACCCCGCCUGCCGCCUGCACGGGCACCCACACACUCAUCCGCCCGCGGCCCACACCCACCCCCCAUCCACCAAACCACAGCUACCCCGUCCCCGCCCCCCAUCCCAAGCCGUAA